GAGCACCCUGCCAUCCUGAGCACCCUGCCAUCCUGAGCAUCCUGCCGUCCCUGCCAUCCUGAGCUGUCCAGCUCGUCCCCAGUAUCAGGGAACAGCAUCCAGGGACAUCCCCGAGCAGGGGGAUUCACAGGGACGAGGAACCUCUGUGAGUAAUGGGGAGGGAACCUUGGUCCUGCUGAUCGGCUCCUGGRAAUGUCACUCUGCUCUGAGUGACAGUGAAGAGAGAGAGUGGGGGAAGAGAGGGAGAGGAGCAGGAGGAGAGGAGAGGAGGAGAAGGGAGGACGGACACGGAGWGGAGAGAGAUGAUCCUCCUUCCCCCGGCCAUGAUCACGUAGCACAGCCCACGCCGGAGAAGGCGCCCAGCCCUAGAGCCAGCCCUGCCCCCGGCUCCUCAUGGAGGGGGACCUGGGGGCCCCCAACGCCAGCGUGCUGGGGGAGCACUCCCUGCUCGUGGGCAGCAGCUGGGUGGCCGCCUUCCUGUGCUUCAUCAUCCUGCUGACCGCGGCGGGCAACUUCCUGCUCAUCCUCCUCAUCGUCACCCAGCGCUCCCUCCGCAACACCUCCAACUAUUUCCUGGUGUCGCUGUUCAUGUCGGACCUGAUGGUGGGGCUGGUGGUGAUGCCCCCGGCCAUGCUCAACCAGCUCUACGGCCGCUGGGUGYUGCGGGGCGACUUCUGCUCCCUCUGGGCCUCCUUCGACGUCAUGUGCUGCAGCGCCUCCAUCCUCAACCUGUGUGUCAUCAGCCUGGACCGCUACCUGCUCAUCACCUCCCCGCUGCGCUACAAGCUGCGCAUGACGUCCUGCAGGGCCCUGGCGCUCAUCCUGGCUACCUGGAGCCUGGCCGCGCUCGCCUCCUUCCUGCCCAUCAAGAUGGGCUGGCACCAGGCGGAGGAGGCGCGGCCGCUGAACGGCACCGGCCGGGGGGACGAGGAGCAGUGCCGGCUGCUGGUCAGCCUGCCCUACGCGCUGGUGGCCUCCUGCCUCACCUUCUUCUUGCCUUCUGCCGCCAUCUCCUUCACCUACUGCCGCAUCCUGCUGGCGGCCCGCAAGCAGGCGGUGCAGGUGGCUUCCCUGGCCUCCACCGUGGCCAGUGCAGACGAGGCCACGCCACAGGAUCUGAAGCACCAAGUGCCACUUUCCUUGGGCAGAGGACUGCCCACCCCUCCCUGUCUCCAGCUGCAGGUUCCAUGUGCCCCGAGCCAGCCGCUGGCUGGCAGUGAGAGCAGGAGGUUUGCCAACAAGCACAGCAAGAAGGCUCUGAAGGCCAGCCUGACCCUGGGCAUCCUCCUGGGCAUGUUCUUCGUGGCCUGGCUGCCCUUCUUCAUCACCAACGUGACGCAGGCAAUCUGUGGCUGCGUCCCGGCCGGCUUCUUCGACGUGCUCACCUGGCUGGGCUACUGCAACAGCACCAUGAACCCCAUCAUCUACCCACUCUUCAUGAGGGACUUCAAGAGAGCCAUGGGCAAGUUCCUGCCCUGCUGCCGGCGCUCGGCGGAGCCGCGGCCCAGCGCCAUCUCCCUGUCCAUGAGGAAUUCCAACAGCGGAGCCCGCGCCGCCACAUCCCUCAAGAACGUGCUCACCCUGCAGGCUGAGACCGACUCCAUCGACUCUGGGGCCCCGGGGAGUGACCCCAGGCUGCCCCCGGGCCCUGGUGCCCGCUCUGUCAGCCUCUGGGAUGCRGAGCCCCCGGACACGGAGCUACAGCUCGGCACCCCUGUGGCCUGAGCAGGGCUAAUGUGGUUCUGCGUGCUGGGAAGGGUCCCCCAGGAGCCCGACAAAUCCUCUGGGGCUGAUGUGCCACAAGCCAUCUCCCAAAUUCCCUGUUCCAGCRCCUGGUGCAGGUCAUGGAGGGGAUGGUGGCUCCAGGCACUCCCAYAAGGAGCAUCAAACAGUGCAAAGCCAUGUGCAGCUGCUGAAUUAACCUGCCUUGUCUCUCUUUCCUCCCUCCUUUGCUCACCGUCACCAUCCCAUGGCUCUUCCAUCUCUGCUGAGGCUGAACCUCAGGCUCCAGACCCUCUGUCUCUGUAACCCCAAAGCAAAGCUUGGUUUUGCACACACAGAGCUGAGCAGAUCUGCUCUGAGUGCACUGAGGGGAGCAAUGCAAAAACAUCCCGUGGAUCACGGACAAGAGGUUUGGGGCUGCUUCAGCCCACGGAAUAUCAGGAAGGCAGAUAUCAUCGCUGGAGUCGUGUCUGUCUCAGGUUCCUGGCACGCAGCAGUUGCUGGUGUCUGUGCAGAGCUGUGCUGCGGGGGCUGCAGUCAGUGCAGAAUGUCCAACGCUGAUUUUGGGAUGCUCCGUGGGGGUGUGGAGCGCGACUCGCGGCGGCUCYGUGGGUGUCUCGCAGUAGUAACGGGAUCAGCUCCUCUCCCAGGCUCCCUCCCUCCCACAGCUCCCCCCUCCUGGCACAGGACCAUCACGCUUCCCCACCCCAACAAUCCAUCCCCUCCURGAUGAUGCAAUUAGAAAAUACACUUUCCCCCCCCUUCAAAUAAGAAUCUAAAGAAUCUAAAUUUUGUAUUUUAAAUGACAAUGCCAGCCCCCGCCCCAGAGCCAAAAGCAGAGGGAACA